UGGGCUUGUAACUACAUUCCGUUACUAUACGGUAAUUAAAACAAUUGUAACGGUAAAAAGAAAGCAUGGAACGUUGGCAGAAUCGUGUAGCUGUCGUUACAGGCGCUAGUGGUGGCAUCGGCGCCGCUGUAGCCAAAUAUCUCGCAACAAACAAGUUGGUGACAAUCAAUCUCGAUGUGAAUAUUCAAGGCUACGAUGCUGUGCGCGCUGAGGUGAGUCCCGAGGUAGGGAAACGUAUGCAUUGCAUACGUUGUGAUUUACGCAAGGAGGCUGAGAUUAAAGCCGCCUUUAAGGAGAUCGAGAAGAAUUUUGGACCUAUAUCCGUGUUGGUCAACAAUGCGGGUGUGCUAGUGAAUACCAAGCUAUUGACGGAGAAUAAUACGGAGGACUUGUUAAAAAUGGUCGAAACGAAUCUUUUAGCUGCGGUUUAUUGCACACGCGAAGCAUUUCGCUCGAUGAAGGCGAACGGUAUCGAUGGGCACGUCUUUCUAAUGAAUAGUUUGUGUGGCCAUAAGGUGCCAAUACAGCCGGACAUAAAUCUGAAUUUAUAUUCACCUACAAAAUUCGCGAUUACUGCGCUCACCGAAAUGUAUCGGCAAGAGUUUUUGUACCAGAAUACAAAAAUUAAAGUAACGAGCAUAAGUCCUGGUCAAACUGCGACUAAUAUCACGAAGGAAGUUUCGGUGCCGGCCUUUGAUGCACAUCUUAGCCCCAAUGAUAUUGCCGAUACAAUAAUUUACUGCCUACAAACGCCAGCACAUGUACAAAUCCAUGAUUUAGUGAUAAAACCGAUUGGUGAAACGCUUUAAGCGUUUUAAAUGAAUCAGAAAGAGAAAUAAUAAAAUUUAAGUGCAACGAUUUUUAGUUACGCAACAAAAGUGCGUCACUUUAGUAA